AAAAUUAACGUAUCAAGAGUCACAUAUAAGUCCGUAAAGAACAAAUCGUAAAAACCAAUUGGGAAAACCCAGUAUAACCUAAGCCUCAGAAAGAUUUGACCCACGACUGCAGUCCGAUUUAACAAACAGUUUGGAAAAUAUAUAUUGGGUUUCCUUGGCUUAUCUUGAAAAUUUUCCUGGUUUUGCGUAUAGUGGUAGUGAAAAGAACAAGAGCAACACUUCCCCUUCUUAUUAAUAAAAAAAGGAAAGAAUCGGGACUUUUCAGAACUCCAUUCUUUUAUUCAACUGUUCCUUUCAAGUUUGAUCAAACAAUUUUAAAAUGUUGAAAACUACUUCUCUUUUGUCUCGUCGUUUCCUUCUUUCUUCGGCCGCCAGUGCUGAGCAGGAUGUCAGGCAAAUGGCCACAGCUUCCGAACUUGCCCGUCAAAGGAGAUCCUUGCAGGGCCGUGUGGGUGUCGUCACCGCAUCCACCAAUGGAAUUGGGUUCGCCAUGGCCCAGCGUUUGGCCGUCGAUGGAGCUCACGUUGUCAUUAGUAGCCGCAACCAGAAAAAUGUUGACGAAGCUCCUGCCAAGUUGAAAAGCGAAGGUCUGUCCGUUUCGGGAAUGGUUUGUCACGCCGGUGACAAAAAAGAUCGGACAAGACUCCUGGAAAAGACAGCGGCAGAAUUCGGAGGUUUCGAUAUUUUGAUUUCCAACGCCGCAGUAAAUCCCGGUUCAGGCUGUCUGAUGAAAUGCACUGAGGAAGUUUGGGAUAAGAUAUUCGACGUCAACGUCAAGUCUUCGUUCUUCUUGUCUAAAGAAGCUCUUCUGCCCAUGGAAAAGAGAGGCAAAGCCUCCAUUAUGUUUGUUUCGUCUGUUGCUGGAUAUCUUCAAAAUUCCGCGGUUGAUUUUAUGGGGGCUUACGCUUCGAGCAAAACAGCUCUUCUAUAUUCUGAUUCUGAUUCUGAUUUGAAUUCUGAUUCUAAUUCUAAUUUUUUUUAUGAUUAUAAUUCUGAUUCUGAUUCUGAUUCUUUUUAUGAUUAUGAUUGUGAUUAUGAUUCUAAUUCCGAUUGUAAUUCUGAUUUUGAUUCUGAGCAUUGGAAUUGCCCGUAUGGAAAUGUCCCAAAUAAUCAUACGAUAAAUCAUGCAUUCCACGCGAUUGUAUAUGAUUAUUGACAAGUUUUCCUGACUAAUUUUCGUGUUUUUUCCGAAAAACAUUCUUUUUUAUCAUGUGAAAUAAUUUCAAAGUCCAGGAUCUGAUCUCAAUUUAAUCACGCCAGUGAAAAUCAGGAAUACAUCAAUAAUAAAUCACGAAUAACAAUGUAUUUCAUCCUGGCGAAUGCUGAACAUGGCAUUGAGUUUCAUCCUGAUUUAUAUUUUACAAACAUAUUUUGUUAUUACCUGUUGAUUCAUCACUCAUUAUUGGUUGAUUUAAUAGACGUAACUUUCAAAAUGA